AUGGCAUUGAAGGAUGCUUUUGUUCCGACAGCUUCGGAAUCCCCCUCAUGCAUAGCGUACACACCACCUGGCAAUCAAGCCUUCUCCAUUCCUGUGCAGCUCCUUAACUCAUUGCCUAAGUACUCUGGCACACCAUCUGAGGAUCCUAAUGUUCACAUUAGGGAAUUCUUAGAUAUUUGCAAGCUGCAAACCAUUCAGAACAUCCAACCAGAAGGACUCAGGUUACUUCUAUUUCCCUUUUCUUUAAAAGAUGAUGCAAAACGUUGGUUGUACUUGUUACCUGCAGGUAUCAUCACAACUUGGGACGAAAUGGUUAAGAAGUUUUUGAAACAAUAUUUCCCUGCUCAACUGACAAAACGACUAAGGAGGGAGAUUCAAAACUUCACUCAAAAGGAUGGAGAUACACUAUAUGAGGCAUGGGAGGAAUUUCAGGAGUUGCAGAGGAAGUGUCCCCAUCACAACUUCAGUCUGAAUGACAUUGUCCAAUUUUUCUAUGAUGGAUUGGACAUAGCUAAUAGGGGCAGCAUUGAUUCUGCAUGUGGAGGGACUUUCAUGAAUAAAACCGGUCAAGAAGCAUAUAAUCUGAUUGAUGAUUUGGCCGACAACAAUAGACAAUUCUACACAAGGGAUAAACGUACAAGAGCACGAGGAGUGUAUGAAGUCGAUUCAAGGAACCAAAUGGUGGCUGUGGAAAGAAAGAUUGACAUGUUAAUGAAUGCCUUAGGCAAUGGCAUUAAGGCAACACCUCAGGUAUGCUCUAUUUGUUCCUAUUCUGAUCAUACUACUGAUAGAUGUCCUAUGUCUGCUAUGUCUGAUGAACAAGUGAAUUACAUGGGGCAACAAAGGCCCAAAUAUGACCCUUACUCGAACACGUACAAUCCGGGAUGGAAGGAUCACCCAAACUUCCGUUGGGGCGGUAAUGACAACGUGGUUCGACCUACUCAAGGCGUCUACAACGGACCACCUGGAUUCCAACAAGGGGCUAGGCAGCAAGUCUAUCAACAAACUCCUCCUCAACAAUCCUCAAGCAAGUCCUUGGAAGAACUAGUAAAGGAGAUGACUCUGAACACCGCAUCUUUCCAAAAGGACACCGCAUCUUUCCAAAAGGACUGA